GCUAGAGCCAUAGAGUUUUGCAGCACCUGUGGAUAGCGGUUUUCCUUGUAAGUUUGCUUUAUAAACUGUUCAUUCUUUUCAUUCCCUUAUUUACUCUCAUUCCAUUCAACAAGAUUGUAUACUCCCUGCGGCUUUACCCGAUAACAUUUGGGUGUUUUAGAAGUAUAAAACGAGGAGACAUCAUGAAAAUCGCAUUGUUUGUGGGUUUUAUGUUCUUCUGUUCAAUCUGGGCCCAAGGUGUUCAAUCUCGACAGUGUUAUUUCUGCUCCAGUUCGAAGUCUUACGAAGACUGCCAAGAAACUGCUGAACUGCGAAAGUGCUACGACACCUACCCAUGCCUCCAAAUGUACGCAGUAUUCGACAAUGGAUCGACGAAAGGCGAGUCGUUUUACAAAGGCUGCGCAAUUUACCGUGCCUGUGAACAGCUUGAAAAAGGAAACAUAACCGAGGUAUGCCCAGUUGCUCACAUGCCUUCCGCUGAAUGCAAAGCAAAGUGCUGUUAUGGAGAGGAAUGCAACAAAGGAAAUAUUCUCGAUACAGCUGGGUAUGACUCCAGCAAGAGCUCAGGUAAAACACUUGUUACCAGCGGCAGUGUUCUGGGUUUGUUUUUUGGUCUGUUGUUGGCAGUUGUUAGUAUCAACUACUAAUCGGAACAUCAUAUUCUGACGAUUCUUAUACUUGACUUGUGAACACAUUAGUUUGUAAUCUGGCUGAGAAUAUUGAUAUGUUGACGUUUUGGAUGUUGUAGUACGAUAGAGAUCUUAAGCAAACAACGAAGUAAUUUUCCCUGUAUCAGUCAAAUCGUUUUCUUCUUUGUAUGAAUUUAUAUAAUCGUUUUGUUUAAUUUCAAAAUAUAGUAAGAAUUUCUUCAUAUUAAUUUAAGUCAAGUAGCAUAAAACUACUCGCUUAGAUUUGCUAAAUGCUAUUUGCAGUGUAGUCUUAGCGUAAAACAUGUAAGCAUUUUAUUCAAUAAAACUGUAAACUGUGUGUCUUUUUAGCGUCUCUCUGCGUGAAUCCAUCCAUUCCUAUAGCAAAAAAUUCAAGCCUGAACGGGAUUCGAACCCAUGACCUCUGCAAUACCGGCGCAGCAAUAUAACCAAUUGGGAGCUGGUAACGUACACGUGAGUUCGCAAUAUACCCUUAGAUGGUGAAGAAUGUAAGUG